CAAUUCCUCUUUGUUUUCUCGUCGAAGGCGACGACUGAAAUGUUUUCUCCGACGGCUUUUCAGAUUUCUCCGACGGCUUCUGUAUUCUCGAAGCUUGGGAUCGCUGUGACGGCGCCGCAGAUAAGCGUUCGAAACCCUAAACCAUGAUUUUUUCUAUCGGUUUUGAUGAUCAAUUGACAUGAUUGGCAUGAUAAUUGUUUACCUUAAUGCUUUGAUGAUUGAUGAAUUGAAUUAGCCGAAACCCACUUAGGGGGUUUUCAUUUCUUUGCUCUCUAUACUUCUUCAAUGUUCUGCUUCAAUGUCAAAACUUUGCAGAAAAGGUCGACAAAUUGCAAAUCUUUGGUAUCUGUGUAGUGUUCGUCUUCAGAUGAAAUUGGUGUGCAGCAAUUUGGCUCCAUUCUUCAUAUUUUCUGCUACAUUGGAUGGACUUCUCAUGUCUGCUUCCAGGAUAUUUUGAUUUCUUCCACAUACUCAUAUACAAGGUACGUGCUGAUGGGAGGUGGAAUCUAUCCAGGAAAAUUGUGUACAAGAAACUGAAGGAGAGGUCGGAUCAGUUUGUGGCAAAAGGUUUAGUGAGGACAAAGGAGAGCAAGGAGAAGAUCGGUGGAGAGGAUGAAGUGUUCAUUGGAGAUAUCCGAGACCCUGCAGCCAUUGCUUCUGCUGUUCAAGGAAUUGAUGCUGUGCAAUCUUCUUCUUUCUUCUUCUUAGAUCAUUUGUUUAUUCAAUUUGAAAGUGAAUUUUGUUUUAUUGAUACAUUGUUCCAGAUCACAUUUGCAAAGAAGAAAAACUUUGAAUUAGAAACAAAAAUUUGAAUUA